AACCCAAACCACAAACUUCUGAACUUCCCUCCGGAAGGAGAACAGGAAGGCACUCAGGCAGGAAUAGACUCCUUUUUCUGCCCACGCCUUGUGGCGUGCACGUCCGGUGCGCAUGCGCACCCGAGAAGCUGGGAUUGGGCCGGUCUAGUUGGCUGGGUUGAGGUCAUUUCCGAGGCGGGAGGAUGAAGUUGAUUGAUCAUGGUCUCUCAGGCAACCAGAAAGAGUCUGCUGAAGAGGAGGGCCAUGGACUUGAUCACCUCUACAGCCAUCCUGCCCUUGCUGUUUGGCUGCCUGGGCAUCUUUGGCCUCUUCCGGCUGCUGCAGUGGAUUCGCAUGAAGGCCUACCUGAGGAAUGCUGUGGUGGUGGUCACAGGUGCCACCUCAGGGCUGGGGAGAGAAUGUGCCAAAGCCUUCUAUGCUGCCGGUGCUAAGUUGGUGUUGUGUGGCCGGAAUGUGGAGGGCCUCGAGGAACUCGUCAGAGAGCUCACAGCUUUUCGUUCCCCACAGAAGCAGACACACAAGCCCUACACAGUGACCUUCGACCUCACAGACCCUAGGGCUGUCAUGGCUGCAGGAGCUGAGAUCCUGCAGUGCUUUGGCUAUGUGGACAUCCUCAUCAAUAAUGCUGGCAUUAGCUACCGUGGGGCCAUCAUGGACACCACAGUGGAUGUGGACAAGAAGGUUAUGGAGACAAACUACUUUGGCCCUGUUGCUUUAACAAAAGCGCUCCUGCCAUCCAUGAUCAAGAGGAGGCGAGGCCACAUCGUCACCAUCAGCAGUGUCCAAGGAAAAAUUAGCAUUCCUUUCCGAUCAGCCUACUUGGGACAGCCUCAUCUGCUCUCACCCCUCAAGGCCCAGACACAGCCCUGUCAGGAAGAAGAUGCAGCCUCCAAGCAUGCAACCCAGGCAUUCUUUGACUGCCUGCGUGCUGAAAUGGAACAGGAUGAAAUCAAGGUGACUGUCAUCAGCCCUGGCUAUAUCCGCACCAACCUCUCUGUAAAUGCUGUCACCAGUGAUGGGUCCAGAUAUGGAGCUAUGGACAGAAACACAGCCCAGGGCCGGAGCCCUGCAGAGGUGGCCCAGGAUGUUCUUGCUGCUGUGGGGAAGAAGAAGAAAGAUGUGAUCCUGGCUGACUGGGUGCCUUCCUUGGCCAUUUAUCUUCGAAAUCUGGCUCCUGGGCUCUUCUUUAGCAUCAUGGCCUCCAGGGCCAGGAAAGAGCAGAAAUCCAAGAACUCCUAAUGUGGAUCAGAGCUGGGGCUGAGAAGCAACAACUUCCUGGGCUUGGUUGCUCUACAAGGGACAACUUCAUUUGUGGCUCGGCCCCUGCCCCUGGAGAGCAGGACAAACCAGGCAACAAGCUUCUUCCCAAGAUGAGGGGUAAAUGCAUGAGGAAUAAAUGUGGAGCAGGGUUUAAACUAAUUACAAAUUAAAUGACUGGAACAGUAAGUCAUAGUCUUCAAGGGCUAGAGGAACCACAUGUCCUUUGAAUUCCAGCCCCACCAACUCCUAGAAAUGGCUCAACUAUUCUUAUAUUUGACUUAUCCAAGACCAUCUCCCUGAUUGUUUUGGCACAGAGACAACCUCCAGUGCUUGAGGGUGAAGGGUGUAGCUUCAGAAACUCAUAUGUUUCCAGGGCCCUGUGAUGGCUCAUUGAGCAUAGAAGCCAGGCUAGUGUGUGGUGGCUUAUUUGGUAUAUCCCAAGUAAUGUCAACUCUAGCACCAACAGGAGUUCCUCACGUUCCUUCGGACUCUCAGUGUAUCCAUGUAAGAUGUUAGGCACCCCUUCAAGCAGAAGAUUAAAUUAUUAAAGAGACACCAGCCAAAUGGAGAGACCCCUGAUGGCCCCAGAUACCCUAGAACACGAAGCCCUGGGAGAUGAGUCUAAAACACCCCUGGUCUCCUGGUGGAAAGAGUACCUUAAAUGGGAACUAGUUGGAACAUCUGCCUUUCUAUUAAAAAUACGUGGUUGAGAUUCACUGAGUAGGUCAACUUCAUUUCUGAGGUUUUAGAAAUUUUUCCUACUACUGAAACUGAAUAUUGGAAUAGUAGUUCCAUUGUAGAUGUCCCCAAAUUUGGAAUAAAAAUCACCUAGUCUGUCAUGUUGACAUCUUGCACUGUAUCCCAACUCUAGCCAUGUCAAGCUUCUAUUUUAAACAGCUGCCCCCAAAAGAUGAUAAAAAUAGCUACAACAGUCUAGGGUUAGGGAAUCAGAGGCUUUCCAGUUUCCUGGGAGUAGGAGGACCUGUAGGUGAUUAGAUCUGCUCCAGGUCACAGUAGUACACCCUGGACAGAUCCAGGAACCUCUGGUGAAAUGCAAAUACAAAUGAUGGGUGCUGCUUCAUUUUCCACGUAAAUCAUCUGCACCUGUCCUGGCUUGGGAGAAAGGGCUUCUCAGUGUUCACAGUAGAUCCCAGUACCAGAGUCACUGGAGCCAAGGUGGCAGCAACUGUUCUAGACUUCUAGAGCUUCCUUCCAACCUCCCCACCCCCAACCCAGGUUGAAUGAGGCUGCCCAGCACCAGCAGGCUACCAGUGGCUGGUAGCAAAAUGACUCUCUUCCUCUAAAAAGAACAGAAUAUCUCUCCUUAGACACUUGAUGACUGGCAUGUGCAAAAAGGCCUAUAUCCAUCUGUUGACCUUUCCUCUCCAUUAAAUAAAAUGGUCAACCCUGAUGGAUAUACUACACUACAAGCUUACUGACAGCAUAUUCUAUCCUCAAAGACAGGGAACAUCACAUCUAUUUGUAGUGCUGGGGAUAGGACCCAGGCCUUGCACACCUACACAAGUGUUCUACCACUGACCUACAGCCCCAGCACUUCUCACCUAACAUUUUUAAAACUUGUUUUCUAAAACUUACUUUAGAAGAAUAUAAUGCAAACAGUAUUUAUAAAAAUCUAGCUGGAUACAGCUCCUUGCCAAGAGGCUGACCAUGAGGCUUUUUAAGGUGGCUGGCAAAUCAUAGAGGUAUAGAAGUCACACAAACCAGCACCAGACUGAUGCUCGUUUUAGCCUCAAAGACUAAAGACCCAGAGAACCUGGGAUCACCCUUGCCAUUCCUACAUUGAGACAACCCUGAAUUGUCCCUUCCUGGAGAGAGCACUGGUUUGAACACAUAGGACCUCCUGAGGCAGCCCUGGGACUGUUCUAACAUGGACAGGAGUUGACAGCCUUCCUGUGGACGAGGCCUGCCAAGUGCCCACCUUAAGGCAGCUCAGCCAUGGCCUGGCUUCAGCUUGUGGCCUCUAAGCAACCUUCAUUUUGCUCUUGGAUUUUUCAAACCAGUGUUUGAGCAGUGCCCAUCAUGAAUAGCUCUGUUGCCGUUGUUUUACUAUCCUCAAAGGUUAGUGGUUUUUUGGCCCACUUUCCUCAAGUUCUGCUGGGAGGUCUGAAAAGCAUGAUUUUUAAUUGGUUUUGCUUUAUAUAUCUGAUAAAGUUUAAAGACACUUUC